ACACAAAAACAAUCCACUGUUUUGCCCAUUCAUUCACGCUAUAAAAAAAAAGCACUUGCGUAACACCCUUUUGAUUCUCUUCCAACACAUCGCACGAACAAGUUCAUUUCUCACUCAAUCUUCCUUCAAACAUGGCCACAGUCACUUCUGCAGCAGUUGCUAUUCCAUCAUUCACUGGCCUCAAGGCAAGUGGAACAAACACUGGCAAAGUUAGUGGCACAGUUAAGGUUUCAACUCCCCAAUUGUCAAGGCUUAGCAUCAAGGCUUCACUUAAAGACGUUGGAGUUGCUGUUGUUGCCACUGCUGCGAGUGCAGUGUUGGCGAGCAAUGCUAUGGCCAUUGAAGUGUUGCUGGGUGGUAAUGAUGGGAGUCUGGCUUUUGUUCCCGACAGUUUCACAGUGAGCCCUGGAGAAAAGAUCGUGUUCAAGAACAAUGCUGGGUUCCCACACAACGUUGUGUUCGACGAGGACGAGAUUCCUAGCGGCGUUGAUGCGUCGAAAAUCUCUAUGCCCGAAGAAGACCUUCUCAAUGCGCCUGGUGAGACUUACAGCGUUACUUUGGAUGCAAAGGGAACCUACAGUUUCUACUGUUCACCUCACCAAGGAGCUGGUAUGGUGGGAAAAGUCACUGUUAACUAAAUGUCUCGCGUGAGGGCGAUCUUGUCUAAUUUCUCAUAUGGUUCUUGUUAAUUUUGGUUUUGUGGAAUAGCUUCAUUCAUCCUUGUUGUAUGAGAUGAACCCAUAUAAUGCCCUCAAUGUAGUUCAUUUACUUCGCUUUGUUUCA